AAGCAAAUCUGAUAAAAAGAUAUGUUUGGCAGCUGCAACAAGUUGUGGGCAGCGUAUGCAACAUUUCAGUCAUACAAAAAUCAUAGAACUUAUGCGAUAUGACAGUCCAUACAUGUAUGACUGUAUGAUUGCAACAUGAUCGUUGCUUGUUUAGUAUUUUAUUGGCAUUUGUUUGUGCUUGAGGCAUAACAGAAUCAAACAUAUCUAUGUAUAUUUGUGAAUUAAAGCGAGUUACUUAGAGCUACGUCUUAUUAUUAUUUAUUAUUUAUUCCUCUUUCGAUUGGCUUCUCAAUUCAAGUCUAAAGUUCCCACGAUGAAGUUUCAAGAAAUCCUUUGUUUAGGCACAUAUUUAUACAGCAUAGCUGGUAUUUUUUUUAUAAAAGUAUUUUUAUUAAAUUUAGUCGCAUAGCAUGGUCUCACUGAGCACAGAACAGUUGUUUGUAUGUUUGUAUGCACAUCUCUUAUUUGCUCUCAUUUGUCGCUCUGUGUAAAUAUUAAAAAUUAGAUUCCAAGCAGAUGCACAAUGGAUGCCAUUCGCGGCGAGGACAAUCUUGAGAAGCUGCGCAAUUACAUACUUUAUCCAGAUAUAUCCAUUCAUGAUCCGCUGCCCGAUGUGCUGCCGCGCAAGUUCAAUGAAAUGCGCCUGUUGCACAUUCCCAAAUGCCCGGGAAGCACAAGGCUGGUUCCACGUCGAGAUUUUGUGACUGGCGAAAUACUCGAGUUUGUCGAGGUCGAUGUGGAGGAUGUGGGCGCCAAUGCCAAUAACUCGAUGUCCAUGCAGCGUGAGCCAGGUCUGUUGGAGGAAAUGACGCGAGGCUCGCACAUGAACUAUCCCUUCUGGCCGGGCGGCUUUGACGCCAAGGAGCCGCCACCGGAGAUUGCCAAGCUGGACGUGGACAACUUUGAGUUGGGUGACAAACUGCUAACGGUGCCGCCGGGCUUUGUCAGCGGUCACGAUUUCUCAGAAGCCAAAAAGCCCGAGGAGCCGGUUGCCACCGCCAGCAAUGUGGAUCUGCUGGAGAAUUUGGAGCACGACCUGGACGUGCAACAGUGGCUGCAGAUGACGCGCAGCGACAGCGAAGCCAACAGCACAAAGGCACCACAGCGAGAUCUGCAAUUUCCGGCAGAGUUCAAGGAUGUGGAUGACGAGAUUAUGAACGCAGAUCUGCAGCCGGUGCUGAAUAUAUCGACCACAACGAAAAGCUUCAGCAGCGAUUGGGCGGAAAUGGUGGACAUCAGCCAGCCGAUUAACAAUUUCAAGGAGCAAAUACCCUGCCCGGCCAUGGAGUUUCCCUUCGAACUCGAUGUAUUCCAAAAGCAGGCCAUUCUCAAGCUGGAGCAGCGCCAGUAUGUUUUCGUCGCGGCGCACACAUCCGCGGGAAAGACCGUCGUCGCCGAGUAUGCCAUCGCUCUGUCCAAGCGGGAUCUGACCCGCACCAUAUACACGUCGCCCAUUAAGGCGCUGUCCAAUCAAAAAUAUCGCGACUUUCGCAAAACCUUCAAGGACGUGGGCCUAAUCACGGGCGAUCUGCAAAUCGAGCCAACCGCCUCGUGCCUGAUCAUGACCACCGAGAUAUUACGCUCCAUGCUCUACUGCGGCAGCGACAUAACCCGUGACCUGGAGUACGUCAUAUUUGACGAGGUGCACUAUAUUAACAAUCCCGAGCGCGGCCACGUCUGGGAGGAGGUCAUCAUAUUGCUGCCAGAUCAUGUGAAUAUUAUCAUGCUUAGCGCUACGGUGCCCAAUACCAUGGAGCUGGCCGAUUGGGUGGGUAGCACCAAGAAGCGAAAGGUGUACGUGAUUAGCACGCUGAAGCGUCCAGUCCCAUUGAUGCAUUACCUCUACACUGGCGCCGGUGGCAAGAGCCGUGAUGACAUCUUUUUGUUGGUCGAUGCCCAGGGCAAAUUCCUGCAGGGCAACUACGAGAAGGCUGUGGAGCGCAAGAAGGAGAUGCAGAGCAAAUCUAAAGCGGGCGGUCCCAAAAACUAUGUCAGCAGCAAGCAGGAUCAGUGCACAUGGAUUGGUCUGAUUGAUUUUCUUAAGCGCAACAACAAAAUGCCCGUGGUGGCCUUCACCCUGUCCCGCAAUCGUUGCGAUGCUAAUGUGGCUUCGCUGCAAUCCGUGGAUCUCAAUACGGCAGUGGAGAAGGGAGCCGUGCAAAAGUUCUUCCUGCAAUGCUUGGCGAAGCUGAAGCCACCCGAUCGCACUAUACCCCAGGUGCUGGCACUGAAGGACGCACUGGAGCGGGGCAUUGGUGUCCAUCACAGCGGCAUAUUGCCCAUACUUAAGGAGAUUGUCGAGAUGCUCUUCCAGAACGGUCUGGUCAAGCUUCUCUUUGCUACCGAAACCUUUGCCAUGGGUGUCAACAUGCCGGCCCGUACGGUCAUCUUCGACUCGCACAUGAAGUUCGAUGGCAUGGAGAUGCGCAAUCUUAAGCCGGGCGAGUACAUACAGAUGGCCGGACGUGCCGGACGACGUGGUCACGAUGAAAACGGCACCGUCAUCUUGAUGUGCAAGGCAAGUGUGCCGCCCUCCAUGGAACUGCGUCCCAUGAUCCUCGGCUUGCCCGAGAAGCUGCAGUCACAAUUUAUUCUUCGUUACGCCGUCAUCCUGACGUGCCUACGCAUCGAAAGCAUCAAGGUGGAGGACAUUAUGCAGUUCAGCUUUAAGGAAUUCAACCAGAAACUGCAGCUACCUACACAGCAGAAGCUGCUGCAACUGGCCGAGGACAAGUUCGCCAUGCUGCCCACCUUGGGUGAGCACUUGCAGCCGCUGAUCUAUUUCUAUGACAAAUCCGUGGAGUACUGGAAGGAGAAGCAUCGCAUAAUGAAAUUUAUUGUAACCCAGCCGAAAAUCCAAAAGGAAUUGAAAGUAGGACGCGUCAUUGUCAUCACCCAGGGUAAGCACUAUAACAAGCUAGCGAUAUUGCUGAAUGUUAAGUCCGUCCUGGGUAAGGACACCGUCUACAAGGUGCUCGUGCUGGACCAUCAAUUCAAAAGCAAUGACAGCGACAACGUCAAUCGUGGCGAGCUCUACUACAAAAUUCUCUCGCUGACGCCACAGCACAAGUUCUUCCAUCCGGAGGGCAUUGGCGGACACACCGUGCUGGACAUUAGAGCCAUCGAUAUAUUAACCAUUACAAAGUCAACAAUCAAAGUGGAUGCCGAUGUCAUCAUACGCAACUGGGAACAGCGGCAAUUGGAGCGGUUUAAGGAUGCGCCACCUGGUGCCACAGUUGUCAAAGCCGUCACAGAGCUGCAUCAGCUUAACGAGGCGUACAAUGCCAAUCCGGAGAGCAUCAAAUACGUUAACAUGUCCAAGGAGAUUAAUGUAAAUGCAGACAGCGAAGUGGCCAUGUUGAACUAUGUGGAUCAUCUGGCACGCCAGGUGGGCGAUGUGCUGCCACACACCAACAUUGCCGGCUUUGAGCAGGAGUUCGCCAAGGUGUACGAGCGGCGUGUGCUGGAGAUUCACAUUGAAGAGCUGCGCUUCAAGAACUCGGCCAAGAAUUUAACCCUGUAUCCGGAUUACUGCAACAAGCUGCAGGUUUUGCGCGCCCUUAAUUAUAUUGAUGAGCUUAACGAGGUGACGCUCAAGGGCAAGGUCGCCUGCGAGAUGGGCCAGAAUGAGCUGUUAAUUACCGAGCUGAUACUCUGCAAUAUGUUCAACGAUCUGGAGCCGGCGGAAAUAGCUGCGCUAUUGUCGGGUCUGGUGUUUCAGGCCAAAAUCCAAGGCGAACCUGUUAUUCCAGAGCCACUUAAGAAAUGCGUCGCCGCCUUCGAGCAAAUCAAUGACACCAUCUUGGCCGAGGAGCAGCGCUGUCAAGCGGCAAUCGAGGCAGAGAAUAAUUUAAACUUUGGACUGCUCGAGGUUGUCUAUGAGUGGGCCAAAAACAAGCCUUUUGCUGAGAUUAUGAAGCUGACCGAGGUGCAGGAGGGCAUCAUUGUGCGCUGCAUCCAGCAACUGGACGAAACGCUGCGUGAUGUUAAAACUGCCGCCAUUAGGAUAGGCAAUCCUGGCCUGCAGUCCAAAAUGGAAGAGGCCUCCGCGGCCAUAAAGCGUGAUAUUGUAUUCACAGCCAGUUUAUACACGGAACUCUAAAAUGUAGGCCACAAAAAGAAAUUGGGUGAACAGAUGAAACACAGGAUUGUUUUUCCUAAAACUAUAAAUUACGAAUCAUGUCAAUUACAAUUCCAAAGGAUACUUAUAAAAAUGUAAAAAUAUAUGUGUAGAAUAACGCGACGCAGGCGACAA